AUGCCCGACAAGUAUUUUGGUUUUGGCAAACAAGCCGAAUUAGGUUUUCAAUUCGUAUCCAGCCUUGAUAAACAAGGAUUUCCGAUUACCGAAGCCGACGAUGGUCACAAUAUUAUUGUUGAUGAAGUGGACUGCGAAUUAUCCCUCAUGGAAGAAAGAGAAAUGUUGCGAGGCGACUUUGUUCCUAACAAAGAAAAGUUCGGCAAAGAAUUCGAGAAGUUUGCCCUUGUUGGAACCUUAGCAAGAAUCGAUUUAGACCUUUCGGCAGAAAUUAAUUUCGAAUCCUUAAUUAGUUCCUUUAAAGAAAUCAAAUUAAAGGGUUUGAAGAGAAUAAAAAUAGUUAACUUAGAAAAAAAAGAUGAAUUAUGGCAAGGUGAAUAUCAAGAAUUAUUGGAAAAAGAACUAGACCAAGAAACUACUGACAAAUUGACUGAAAAGUUUGUUCGUCAUCUUCCUAAUAUUCUCGAAAAGGCAAAAUUAAUUUCAGUUGAAAAACUUCCUUAUGAGUCUAUGAUGAAAGUUUCUUUGGAUUUGCAAGAGAGAUUGGAUAUUUUAAUUAAUUUACCAGACCGGAAAAAGAUUAACGAAGACUUGAAUAGAGAAACCCGAGAAGAAAUCAGAAGACAACAAGAAGAAUAUUAUCUGAGCGAGGAACAAAAAGCCAUCGAAAGAAGAUUAAAAAAAUUACGAGGUUAUGGCGAUGAAGAAAUGCGAAGGUAUUCCGAAAAAUUAAUCAAAGAACCUUAUCCGGAAUAUGUGAAAAAAGUAGCCUGUAAGCAAAUAGAGUAUUGCGAAAAUUUUGAAUUGGUUCGUCGCAAUUUAAAUGAAAAGUAUUACGGUUCGCCCGAAAUUAAAGAUAAAAUAAUCGAAUAUUUAGGGGAUUUAAAGAAAUCGAACGAGCCCUCAGGUAAAGUUCUUUGCUUAGUUGGUCCGCCGGGAGUAGGGAAGACUUUUUUUGCUAGUUGUGUCGCAGAGGCUACGGGGCGAAAGAAAGCUACUAUUUCAAUGGGAGGGGCACAUGAUGUGGCUAAAAUUAAAGGCCAUUGUCGAACUUAUAUCGGUUCAUUUCCCGGAGAAAUCGCUAGGGCUUUGAGAAAAACCGGAGUAAUCAAUCCGCUGAUUUUAAUUGACGAAGUUGACAAAAUCGGUCGAGAUGGUCGAGGUGAUCCCUCAUAUGCUUUAUUAGAAGUAUUAGACCCUAAUGAAAAUAAAAAUUUUGUUGAUGAUUACUUAGGCUCAGAGGAAAUAGAUAUCGAGGACCAAGCGAUUUUAAAAAUAAUAAGGUGUUAUACCCAAGAAGCAGGAGUACGAGAACUAGACCGUAAAAUCAAGACUAUUUUUGAUAAAUUUAAUGUUCAGGUAGAGGAGAAAAAAAUUACUAAUCUAGUGGUUACACCGGAAAUUAUUUCCCAAAAAGAGUAUUUCGGCAAAGAAAUUUAUGACUUUACUCACAAAGAAGAUAAUGCUCCGCCUGGUGUAGUUAAUGGAGAAGGCAAAUUGGGUAAACUGACCGGCAGUUUAGGAAAAGUAAUGAAAGAGUCUGCCGAAGUCGCUUUUAGUUACGUUCAGCAUUAUUUAAGAGAAAAUAAAGAAAAUUUUGAAAAAGAAUUAGUUCUUUUGGAAGAAAAUGACUUUAACAUUCAUGCCCCGGAAGGAGCGGUGGAAAAAGAAGGGCCUAGUGCUGGGGUUACAUUGACUACCGCUAUUCUUUCAGCCUUAACUAAAAAAAAAAUUCCAUCCGAUAUUGGUAUGACCGGAGAAAUUACCUCCAAAGGUAAGAUAUUAAAAAUUGGCGGUUUGAAAGAAAAGGCUAUCGCAGCCCACCGGAGUGGACUCAAAUUGAUUAUUAUUCCUAAGGCUAAUGAAAGAGAUAUUGAAGAUAUCCCAUCAGAAAUUCGCCAAGACCUUAAAAUUGUUCUAGUCGAAGAGUAUGAAAAAGUUUGGAAAACUAUUUUUCGAAAGAGAAGUAAAAGUUCAAAAGUGCUUCCAAAAAAUAAAAGGCCUGAAAUAGGAAAAAGGUUUUUUACUAUCAAAAAUAUUUAUCAACAAAACCGAAAGAUAAGUCAGUUAGAAAAAAUUAAAGUUAGUGGUUGGGUAAAAUCAGUUCGGCAAAAUAAAUUUAUUGAACUUAAUGAUGGUUCUUGUCUACCAAAUUUACAACUAAUUUGCCCUCCUGAAUUAACCGAAAAGAUAAAACAAAUUAAUUUUGGCAGUAGUUUAAUAGUGAGUGGUAAAUUAAUAUUAACGCCUACGCGAGCCCAAAGUUGCGAAUUAAAGGUAGAAAAUAUUGAAUUGGUUAACCCGACAGUUGACAAUUAUCCACUCCAAAAAAAAAAUAUUCCCUUGGAAGUGGUUCGUAAUUUUCCCCAUUUGCGAGCCAAAACUAAUUAUUUUUUGGCAAUUUUUCGUUUGCGUCAUACAAUUAGCAAAGCCAUUCACGAUUUUUUCCAUCAAACAGGAUUUUAUUAUGUUUCUACUCCAAUUAUUACUGGUAGCGAUACAGAGGGAGCGGGUGAAUUAUUUAGCAUCACCACCAGCGAUAAAGAACCAUUUUUUCCCAAAACUGCUAAAUUAACUGUGAGCGGACAAUUACAAGCCGAAGCGUUGACCCAAGGAUUAGGUAAGCCGGAAAUGGCUUUUGCUGAUUUAAAUAAAAUAACUGAUUUGGCUGAAAAACUAGUAAAGUAUGUAAUAGAAUAUGUUCUCGAUAAUAAUAACUCUGAAUUAAAGUAUUUAGAAGUCUAUGAGGGAGAAGAAAAUAAAAAAGAAAUAAUUAGAAUAGAUUUACAAUCAGAACAUGAAAAAUAUCUUUGUCAGUAUUUUGGUGGUAAACCGGUUUUUGUGGUUAAUUAUCCUACUGAGUUAAAGGCUUUAUACAUGAAAAAUAACCCCGGCGGGAAAACCGUAGCCUGUUUUGAUUUAUUGUUUCCCGAAAUUGGAGAAUUGAUGGGGGGUAGUGUGCGGGAGGAUAAUUAUCAAACUUUAAAAGAAAAGGCUCAAAAGACAGGUUUAGAUAUCAAUGAUUUAGCCUGGUACCUCGAUUUACGAAAAUGCGGUUAUGCUCCCAGCGGGGGCUUUGGUUUAGGUUUAGAAAGGUUAAUCAUGUUUAUUAGUGGCACCGAAAAUAUUAGGGAUACCAUUGCUUUUCCAAGAUUUCCGGGAAAAUUAGAAUUCUAA